CUGAGCACUGUGGAGCUGAUCGGCCGGUGCUUCACCGACACACGGAGGAUGACAGUCCCGUUACGACUUUUACCGACGCUCUCUGGGAGAUUAUCAUUUCCCUCUACAUCACACUGAGUCUGUGAUUAAUUCACCAAAUAUUUACUCUGAGCCGGGAGCGAGACAUUUGAGCAGCGUGACAGGCUCGGACGGGAUGCUCGGAACCGGGAGAGAUAUUCCCAGGUUAUUUGGAUGCAGUCACAGGCCACCGCCGCCGGUCUGCUCGUUCGGUACAUUUAGGACACAGUGAAGCAGAAGCGGGAGGCAGACAUGGGCUUCAUGCACCAGCUCCAUCUCCUGCUGUGGAAGAACAUCUCCCUGAAGAGGAGGGGGCCGUGGGUGCUGGCCUUUGAGAUCUUCAUCCCACUGGUCCUCUUCUUCAUCCUCCUUGGCCUGAGGCAGAAGAAGCCGGCCAUUCCUGUCAAGGAAGUGUCCUUUUACAGCGCUGCCCCCCUCACCUCGGCCGGCAUCAUUCCCAUCAUGCAGUCUCUGUGCCCAGACGGACAGAGGGAUGAGUUCGGCUUCCUGCAGUACAAAAACUCCACUGUGAGCCAGCUGCUGGAGCGGAUCAGUGAAGUGGUGGAACAGAAUCGACUGUUCACGUCGGACCGGCCCGGUUUGGGUCAGGAGCUGGAGACGCUGCAGCAGCACCUGGAGAGCCUGAGCUCGUCUCCUUUACCACCAGACUACAACUUCAACAACAGCCAAGGCUUCACCCUGGCCAGCGUGUUUAGGAACCAAUCAUCUUUCCAGCAGUUUCUUAUGAAGAAUCUUUCUCUGUCGGAGUCCACCAGCAGCCUGCUGCUCCACACUCCCAUCAGCCUCAGAGAGGUGUACAUUCUUAUCUUUGGAACAUCUCUCAAAGACGGAGGGGUCGCCCAAACUUUGAUUCAGGGGGCGAAAGACACGACACAAAAACCUGAAGACAAAAUUCAUCAUCUAAAGGAGCAGCUGCUGGGAGACGUUCACAGUCUGGAUGGAGGGCUGAUACACAAAGCGUUACGUGACCCAGCGAAAGCAGCCCACAGGAAGGCUCUGCUCAAACUCAUGUCCCACGCUUUGGGUCUGCCAGAGGUCUCGGGAAACCAGAGAACUGACCCGCAGGGCCUGAAGGAGGUGGAGGAGGUCCUGCUGACUGGAGCCAUGCUGGAGGUCCUCACCUGUGAGGGGGGCGGGGCCAGCGAGCUCGAAAAGAUCCUGUUGGUGCCGGAGAAGCAGCGACCGGUGCUGCUGGCCUAUCGCAGCGCUGUGUGCAGCGGAGGGGAAGCUCAGAGGUCCGAGCGCUUCAGGCAGAUGAGUCAAGAGCUGAGAGAGCAGAUCAACAUGCAGAGAGUCACCGAGAAGCUCCACCUGGAGCAGCCCCGCGCUCUGGCUCCUCUCUCUCAGUCCCACCUGAGGGUGCUGUUGAAGGACCUUGCAGACAUAGAAAGACUCCUCAGAGACGUGGACCUGCUAUCUGGCCUGGCACGCCUGCUGCCCAAAGGAGCCUGUGCUGGUCGAACUCCGGCCUCCCCCACUAACGUGACCUGGCACCUGAACACCACCACCUGGGGCCCCAACACCACCGACACCCCCAGAGAGGAGGGGGAGGAGGGAGGAGCAGAGGGAGGAGUAGGAGGAGGAGGAGUAGGAGGAGGAGGAGGAGGGGGAGGAGGAGGAGGAGGAGGAGAAGGGAAAGGGAAGGAGGAAGCAGAGAAUCCUCAUUCUCAGUUUUCAGCAUUUGUGCAGCUGUGGGCCGGACUGCAGCCGAUCCUGUGUGGGAACAACAGGAUCAUCGAGCCGGAGGCUUUGAAGCAGGGGAACAUGAGCUCUCUGGGAUUCACCAGCAAAGAACAAAGAAAUCUGGGCCUUCUGGUUCACUUGAUGACUACAAAUCCCAAGAUCCUCUACUCCCCCAUUGGCUCCCAGGUGGAUAAAGUGAUCCAGAAGGCAAAUGAGACGUUUGCAUUCGUGGGGAACGUGACACACUACACCCACGUGUGGCUCAACAUCUCCGCCCAGCUGCGGACGUUUCUGGAGGAAGGCUGGCUGCACAACCGUCUGGUGUGGCUGCAGCAGCUGUCCUCAGAGCUGCAGCAGAACCCUGAGCUGUUGAACGGCACCGACAGUGAGCUGAUGCAGAGUCUGAUGGAGGGAAACUACAGUCUCCCUAACACCUCCACCCUACUGGAGCAGCUGGACACCAUUGACAACGCGGCCUGUGGCUGGACACGCUUCAUGUCCAAGGUCAGCGUGGACGUCUUCAAAGGUUUUCCUGACGAGGACAGCAUCGUUAACUACACCCUGAACCAGGCCUACCAGGACAACGUGUCUGUGUUUGCCAGUGUGAUUUUUCAGACUAACAACGACGGCUCGCUGCCGCCGCACGUCCUGUACAAGAUCAGACAAAACUCCAGCUUCACUGAGAAGACCAAUGAGAUCAGACGGGCCUACUGGCGUCCAGGGCCCAACACCGGGGGGAAGUUCUACUUUCUGUAUGGUUUCGUUUGGAUCCAAGAUAUGAUCGAGCGAGCCAUCAUCAACACGUUCGUGGGGCAUGACGUGGUGGAGCCCGGUAACUACGUUCAGAUGUUCCCCUACCCGUGUUACACCAGAGACGACUUCUUGUUUGUGAUCGAGCACAUGAUGCCUCUGUGCAUGGUGAUCUCCUGGGUUUACUCAGUGGCCAUGAUGAUUCAGCACAUCGUGGCUGAGAAGGAGCACCGGCUCAAAGAGGUGAUGAAGAUGAUGGGUCUGAACAACGCCGUCCACUGGGUGGCCUGGUUCAUCACCGGCUUCGUCCAGCUGUCCAUCUCUGUCACCGCUCUGACGGCCAUCUUGAAGUACGGCCGCGUGCUGCUCCACAGCGACCCCUUCAUCAUCUGGCUCUUCCUCACCAUCUACGCCGUGGCCACCAUCAUGUUCUGUUUUUUGGUGUCAGUGAUCUACUCUAAAGCCAAGCUGGCUUCAGCCUGCGGAGGAAUCAUCUACUUCCUCAGCUACGUCCCCUACAUGUACGUGGCCAUCAGGGAGGAGGUGGCUCACGAUAAGAUCACUGCGUUUGAGAAGUGCAUCGCGUCUCUGAUGUCGACCACCGCCUUCGGCCUGGGCUCCAAGUAUUUUGCUCUGUAUGAGGUCGCAGGUGUCGGCAUCCAGUGGCGGACCAUCAGCCAGUCUCCAGUGGAGGGCGAUGACUUUAACCUGGGUCUGUCCAUGAUGAUGCUCAUCAUCGAUGCAGGCGUGUACGGAGUGCUCACCUGGUACAUAGAAGCUGUGCAUCCAGGAAUGUAUGGGCUGCCACGCCCGUGGUACUUCCCCCUGCAGAGAUCCUAUUGGUCAGGCAGUGGGCGUGUGGAGACGUGGGAUUGGCCUUGGUGUGGAGGCGGAGCUGCCAGGCUCAGUGUGAUGGAGGAGGAUCAGGCCUGUGCCAUGGACCAGAGGAGAUCAGAGGAGAUGCGGGGCAUAGAGGAGGAGCCGAGUCACCUGCCGUUGGUCGUGUGUAUCGACAAAUUGACCAAAGUGUACAAAACUGGCAGCAAACUGGCCCUCAACAAACUGAGCCUCAACCUCCAUGAAAACCAGGUGGUCUCCUUCCUGGGACACAACGGGGCGGGCAAGACCACCACCAUGUCCAUCCUGACAGGAUUGUUCCCGCCCACUUCCGGCUCUGCCACCAUAUAUGGUCACGACAUCCGCACAGAGAUGGAGCGUAUCCGUCAGAACCUGGGCAUGUGUCCGCAGCACAACGUCCUGUUUGACAAGCUGAGUGUGGAGGAACACCUGUGGUUCUACUCCAGACUCAAAGGGAUGGCCGAGGAGGACAUACGCAAGGAGAUGGACAAGAUGAUUGUCGACUUGGAGUUAUCCAACAAACGUCACAGUUUGGUGCAGACUUUAUCUGGUGGGAUGAAGAGGAAGCUCUCUGUGGCCAUCGCCUUCGUCGGCGGCUCCCGGGCCGUCAUCCUGGACGAACCUACGGCCGGCGUGGACCCCUACGCUCGCAGGGCCAUCUGGGACCUCAUCCUCAAGUACAAACAGGGUCGUACCAUCCUGCUGUCCACGCACCACAUGGACGAGGCCGACCUCCUGGGAGAUCGAAUCGCCAUCAUCUCACACGGGAAACUCAAGUGCUGCGGCUCGCCGCUCUUUCUGAAGAGCACGUACGGAGACGGAUACAAACUGACGCUGGUCAAGAAGCAGAGUGAAGGCCGAGGCCAGGGCGUCCAGCUGCAGCCUCCCUCCUCUCUGUCUCCGUCCUCGUCUCUGUCGCCUUGCUCAGAGGCUCGGGUCACUCAGUUUAUCCGCCAGUUUGUGGCGUCCUGCCUGCUGGUGUCCGACUCCAACACUGAGCUGUCCUACGUGCUGCCCUCUGAGGCCGUAAAGAAGGGCUGCUUCGAGAGGCUGUUCCAGGCUCUGGAGCAGAGCUUGGACAGCCUGGCUCUGACCAGCUUUGGGGUGAUGGACACCACGCUGGAGGAGGUCUUCCUCAAAGUGUCUGAAGAGGACCAGUCUCUGGAGAACAGUGAUGCUGACAUGAAGGGGUCCCCGGGGGGCAGCUCAGUGGGGAAGUUGUCCGUGGGUUCAGGGGGGGGUCCACAGACCGAGACGGGCCCUGCGGUGGAGGGCGAUAAACCGGAGGUGGAGCUGAGUAAUCUGAUGAUGUGUUCCAGGCUGAGCCAGAGCCAGUCCUCCCUCAAAUCCUCCUCGUCUGUGGGUUCAGUGCGGGGGGAUGAGGGGGGGCUCUACGCAGACUUCUAUGGAGAUUACUGUCCACUCUUUGACAACGGCCAAGAACCCGACUCGUCCAGCCUGAGGGAUGCAGAGAACCCAUCGUCCGUGGAGCCGGAGAUCCUUGAGGGGCAGGGCAGCUUCAAACUGGAGGGUUGGUGGUUAAAGCUGAGUCAGUUCCAUGGCCUCAUCGUGAAGCGGUUCCACUGCGCCAAGAGGAACACUAAAGGCCUGUUCUCUCAGAUCCUCCUGCCUGCCUUCUUCGUCUGCGUGGCCAUGACCGUGGCUCUGUCUGUGCCUGAGAUUGGAGAUCUGCCCCCCCUGAUCUUGUCCCCCUCUCAGUAUCACAACUACACACAACCCAGAGGCAACUUUAUCCCGUACGCCAAUGAAGACAGACCCCAGUACAGGAGUAAGCUGUCUCCGGACGCCAACCCACAGAAGAUCAUCAACACCCUCCGUCUGCCCUCGGGUGUGGGGUCCACUUGUGUCCUCAAAACCCCCUUCAACAGCACCCUGGAUCAGCUGGCCCAGACUCUCAACCCCAGCGCCAACAACUCCAAGACCCUGGCCGCCCGCUACUUCGACUCCAUGUGUCUGGAUUCCUUCACCCAAGGGGUCCCUCUCUCCAACUUUGUGCCCCCUCCCCCCUCACCGGCUCCUUCAGACGACCCGGACCCCCGCUUUGAGGACGGACUGUGGAACUUCACAGUCGCCCCUCCCACCACAGUUCAUGAGCCUGUGACGUCUCCCCCCACCCUCCCCCUGGCCAUCCAUGAGCCGGUGCGUUGUACCUGCUCCAUGCAGGGGACGGGCUUCUCCUGCCCAAGUGGGGUAGGAGGGCGGCCCUCCCUCAUGAAGGUGGUAACAGGUGACAUCCUGGUGGACAUAACAGGGCGGAACGUGUCUGAGUACCUGCUCUUCACGUCUGACAGACUGCGCCUGCACAGGUACGGUGGUUUAACAGUGGGGAACAUCCAGAAAUCAAUCCCAGCAUCCUUUGGGAGCAACAUACCGCCAAUGGUUAGAAAGAUAGCAGUUCGCCGAUCAGCUCAGGUUCUGUACAACAACAAAGGUUACCACAGCAUGCCAACGUAUCUGAACGUGCUCAACAACGCCAUCCUGCGUGCCAACCUGCCAGCCUCCAAAGGAAACCCUGCGGCCUACGGUAUCACUCUGACAAACCAUCCAAUGAACCGAACCAGUGCCAGCCUGUCAUUGGACUACUUGCUGCAGGGCACAGAUGUGGUGAUCGCAAUCUUCAUCAUUGUUGCCAUGUCCUUUGUCCCGGCCAGUUUUGUGGUUUUCCUCGUUGCAGAGAAAUCGACAAAAGCCAAACACCUGCAGUUUGUAAGUGGCUGUGACCCCGUCAUCUACUGGCUGGCUAACUAUAUCUGGGACAUGCUGAACUACCUGGUACCUGCCACUUGCUGUGUCAUUAUUCUGUUUGUGUUCGACCUGCCGGCCUACACCUCCCCCACCAACUUCCCUGCCGUCCUCUCCCUCUUUCUGCUCUAUGGGUGGUCCAUCACUCCCAUCAUGUACCCAGCAUCCUUCUGGUUCGAGGUCCCCAGUACAGCUUACGUGUUCCUCAUCGUCAUCAACCUCUUCAUCGGCAUCACUGCGACUGUCGCCACCUUCCUCCUGCAGCUCUUCGAACAUGAUAAGGAUCUGAAGAAAGUCAACAGUUACCUGAAGUCCUGCUUCCUCAUCUUCCCCAACUACAACCUGGGUCACGGCCUGAUGGAGAUGGCCUACAACGAGUACAUCAACGAAUACUAUGCUAAAAUCGGUCAGUUUGACAAGAUGAAGUCUCCGUUCGAGUGGGACAUUGUGACCCGAGGACUUGUUGCCAUGACAAUUGAAGGGUUCGUCGGCUUCCUCAUCACCAUCCUCUGCCAGUACAACUUCCUAAGGAAACCUCCGAGGGUGCCGGUCAGCUGCCAGCCUAUAGACGAUGAUGACGUAGACGUGGCCUGUGAGAGACACAGAGUCCUGCGAGGAGACGCUGAAAACGACAUGCUGAAAAUCGAAAACCUGACGAAGGUGUAUAAAUCCAGGAAGAUGGGUCGGAUCCUGGCUGUGGACCGACUCUGUCUGGGGGUCCGGCCCGGCGAGUGUUUUGGUCUUCUGGGAGUGAAUGGAGCCGGGAAGACCACCACCUUUAAGAUGCUGACUGGUGACGAGUGCACGACCGGAGGAGAGGCCUUCAUUAACGGAAACAGUAUCCUGAAGGACCUGCUUCGUGUGCAGCAGAGUAUCGGUUACUGUCCACAGUUUGACGCUCUGUUUGACGACCUGACAGCCAGAGAACACCUGGAGCUCUACACUCGCCUCCGUGGGAUUCCCUGGAAGGACCAGGAUAGGGUGGUGCAGUGGGCGUUAGAAAAGCUGGAGCUGUCAAAGUACGCAGACAAACCUGCCGGGACGUACAGCGGAGGAAACAAGCGUAAGCUGUCCACAGCCAUCGCUCUGAUCGGAUACCCCUCACUCAUCUUCCUGGAUGAGCCCACCACUGGGAUGGACCCAAAGGCUCGCAGAUUCCUUUGGAAUUUAAUCCUCGACAUCAUCAAGACAGGACGCUCUGUAGUGCUGACAUCACACAGCAUGGAGGAGUGUGAGGCUUUGUGCACCAGACUGGGCAUCAUGGUGAACGGCAGGUUUAAAUGUCUGGGCAGCAUCCAACACCUGAAGAACAGGUUUGGAGACGGCUACAUGAUCACAGUGAGGACAAAGAGCAGCUCUAAUGUGAAGGAGGUGGUUCGAUUCUUCAAUAGAAACUUUCCUGAGGCCGUGCUGAAGGAGCGUCACCACACCAAGGUCCAGUACCAGCUGAAGUCUGAGCGGAUCUCUCUGGCUCAGGUGUUCAGUAAGAUGGAGCAGGUGGUGGAGGUUCUGGGCAUCGAGGAUUACUCAGUCAGUCAGACCACGCUGGACAAUGUGUUUGUCAACUUUGCUAAGAAGCAGAGUGAUAACCUGGAGCAGCAGGAGGUGUCGCCCCCUGGUGGUAGACAGUCACCCCUGCAGCAUAUCCUCAACCUGCUGAAGUCUCGUCCGGCAAACACGGAGCUGAACGCGCUGAUCAGCGAGGCGCCUGAGGAGCUGGAGAGCGACGAUGACGAAGGACUCAUCAGCUUUGAAGAGGAAAGAGUGCAGCUCUCCUUUAACACAGACACUCUUUGCUAAAACCAGCUGCUGAAACAGGGAGCGACAGAAGCGGUUGGUCUGAGCUCUGGGGCGGAGCACAGAGCUGCAGAUUGAACCCAGAAGAGGCACCUUAACAAGAGGACCAGCAAAUCAGUUUUUACGCCUCAAAUUCUUCACCCAGGAGGGACGGAGGGUUUGAAAUUGGAUCAGACGGACGUGAAGAACCUGCAGAGUCUGAGACAGCGUGCUUGAAGACUUUGUCCUUGAAUGUUUCCAUAUUUAUGUUUUUUUUUAGAGAAUGUAUCUCCGGAUGGUGGAUGGAGACUGUAGGCGAGACUCCACAGGUUACUCUUGAUUUGUACGCCUGCCAAAGAGCCUGUGACCUGAGAGUUCCUGCACCCAACUCGACCUGCCUUGAGAGCAUGCUGUGAUGAAGUAGUUAUGUAAUACAGUCUAUUUUUCUGUGGCAAGAAGAGCGAUUUAUUUUGGAUAUUGAAGCAGCUGCAGACUGAGGUGUGAGAUUUAUUUUGCACUAACAGAGGACUGAGUGAAACGCGCCAUGGGAAAGUGCGCAGCUGUUGGCCUUUUCUUUUUUAACUUGAUGUCAGAGACAGAGAAAAUGUAACGGCAUGGUUCUUGUCCUGAUGGUGCCUCCCCUCUAUAACACUGUACAGUUAAUCUUUCUACUGAAUGCUCCCAUUCGUGCGUUUAACAUUCAUUAAGUUGUGGACUCUGCCAAGAAGAUCCUCUCUGAACCGGACACAGUGUAAAAUAAUAAGAAUACCUGAUCUCUGCUCCUAUUCCCUGACAAUAACUGCACUACCAUCACUGUGAUACUAAAGAGGACUCUCAGAUCAGGAGAAUCUCUUAUUUAACACGAGUACAUGUUUUAUUAUUUUCAGAUACUUUUCUGUGGGAUUUUAAGAAAUCCAAACGUGCACAUAUAUCCACGCUUACAAAACCAUGGUUGUUUCUCUGACCGUAAGUUUGGUUUGAACUGGUCGCUCUCAUGACUUUUGUGAUGAUUACGUUGUAACUUGUUCACUUUCUUCUUUCACAGCUUAUUAGAGUCAUAUUUUUGGUGUUAAUCAUUGCACUGGUGAGCUGUUUUCCUACUUGAAGGGGUUGUCAUUAAACAAGAACAAAACUGA